UUGCAAGUUAGAUCAGGCGCGCCAUCGCGUCUACGAUUACGCUGGGAACUUUGUAAAUCGACAACGACCCGGCGCUGCUCAUCACGACCACCAUUUCGCACCGAAUUUUUCGAUGGAUUUCGACCUAUCCAGCGAGGUUGAAUCUGUUUUACAUAUCGCAAGGGAAGUCUCAGUCUACAAGAUCCCCGGCCUAAAGGCGAACGAAGGCCACCGUGCUCAAGAUUGGGGAGAUUUAGCUGCGCCGUUGUGGAAAGGACGGAUGAGGAUUAUUGAGAGGUCGACAGGUGUUUCGAUUCUUUUCGAGGAUGCUCAGACAGGAGAACUGUUCGCCCGCGCAGAAUACGAUCCUGCUAAACCAUGCGUAGAAGCCGUGCUCGACUCUUCUCGAUAUUUCGUGAUACGGGUAGAAGAUGGUGGAAAGAAGGCCUAUAUUGGACUUGGAUUCGCCGAGAGGACAGAUAGCUUUGAUUUCAAUGUUGCACUACAAGAUUACACAAAACGAUGGAAGACCGCGAAGAACCCUCCUUCUGCACAGGAAGAGGGGAUGACAUCUUCUCCCCACAUACCGGUAGGCCCGAAGAAAGACUACAGUUUGAAGGAUGGCCAAACAUUUUCAAUCUCGAUUCCGGGUAGUAAGAACACUACGACCAACAGUAGUGCCACCACCAAUUUGUUGGGAUCUGAUAACACCUCUAACACUAGCGGAGGAGGGUUUGGAGGUGGUAUACCACUGUUACCGCCUCCGCCCAGUAGCACGAAGAAGAGAUGACGCAGUUGCAGAAUGGGAUGUGUAUAGCUGAUUCUACAAUUCUUGUUCGAUAGCUCUACAUGGAUGUAUUUUAUGUCGCGUUUUUGUAUCUCCAUGCUUGGGGUGGCAUUACUAUCAUUAUACGUGACUCGUUCUUCGGUCA